AUGACUUUCCUUAAAUGUAGCAGUGCCGACCUCAGAGCAUGGAGGUGGAGAAGUGACGCGGCCUGUGCCAGGGCGCUGCAGUAUCGGGUCGGGGAGAAGAUCCAUGGCUUCACCAUAAGCCAGGUAACGCCCGUCCCAGAGCUGUCCCUAACGGCAGUGAAGCUCAGCCAUGACAGCACGGGAGCGAGGUACUUACACCUGGCCAGAGAAGACACCAAUAACCUGUUCAGCGUGCAGUUCCGCACCACCCCGACGGACAGCACUGGGGUGCCGCACAUCCUGGAGCACACUGUCCUGUGCGGCUCCCGCAGGUUCCCCUGUCGGGAUCCCUUCUUCAAAAUGCUCAACAGGUCGCUGUCCACCUUCAUGAACGCCUUCACAGCCAGUGACUACACUCUGUACCCGUUUUCCACACAAAACCCCAAGGACUUCCAGAACCUCCUGUCUGUGUACUUGGAUGCGGCCUUCUUCCCUUGCCUGCGGGAGCUCGAUUUCUGGCAGGAGGGAUGGCGGCUGGAGCAUGAGAACCCAAGCGACGUGCAGACACCCUUGGUCUUCAAAGGCGUCGUCUUUAACGAGAUGAAGGGAGCGUUUACAGAUAACGAGAGGAUAUUCUCGCAGCACCUUCAGAACCGACUUCUCCCUGACCACACGUACUCGGUGAUCUCUGGUGGCGAUCCACUCUGCAUCCCAGACCUCACGUGGGAGCAGCUUAAACAGUUCCAUGCUACUCAUUACCACCCCAGUAAUGCUAGGUUCUUCACUUAUGGUAAUUUUCCAUUAGAACAGCAUCUGAAACAAAUUCAUGAAGAAGCACUGAGUAAAUUUCAGAAAAUUGAGCCAAGUACCGCAGUGCCAGCUCAGAAGCCUUGGGACAAGCCAAGGGAGUUCCAGAUCACGUGUGCCCCGGACUCGCUGGCCGCGGGUUCCUCCAGACAGACCACCGUCAGCGUCAGCUUCCUCUUACCAGAGAUCACUGAUACCUUUGAAGCCUUCACGUUAAACCUUCUGUCUUCACUCUUGAUUGGUGGACCCAACUCCCCCUUCUACAAAGCCCUAAUUGAAUCUGGACUCGGCACGGACUUUUCUCCUGAUGUUGGAUAUAAUGGCUGUACAAGAGAGGCAUACUUCAGCGUCGGCCUGCAAGGGAUUUCGGAGAAAGACGUUCAGACAGUCCGCGACAUCAUCGACAGGACGGUAGAUGACGUGAUUGAGAAGGGAUUCGAAGAUGAUCGAAUUGAGGCUUUACUUCAUAAAAUUGAGAUACAGAUGAAGCACCAGUCGGCCAGCUUUGGACUCACCCUGGCUUCUUACAUAGCUUCCUGCUGGAAUCAUGACGGGGACCCCGUGGAGCUCCUGAAGCUGGGGAGUCAGGUGGCUCAAUUCAGGCAGUGCCUUCAGGAAAAUCCAAAGUUUUUGCAAGAAAAAGUGAGACAGUAUUUUAAAAAUAAUCAGCAUAAGUUGACUUUAUCAAUGAAACCAGAUGACAGGUAUUCCGAGAAACAAACACAGAUGGAAACAGAAAAACUGAAGCAAAAGGUCAACUCUCUUUCCGUGAAAGACAAGCAGCAGAUCUAUGAGAAAGGUUUAGAAUUACAGGCUCAGCAGAGUAAGCCUCAGGAUGCCUCUUGUCUCCCAGCGCUGAAGGUGUCGGAUAUCGAGCCCACCAUCCCGUUCACGGAGCUGGAGGUGGGCCUGGCAGCUGGAGAAAUCCCCGUGCAGUACUGUGCCCAACCCACCAACGGCGUGGUGUACUUCAGAGCCUUCUCCAGCUUAAACACCCUGCCUGAGGAGCUCAGGCCCUACGUGCCGCUCUUCUGCAGCGUCCUCACCAAGCUGGGCUGCGGGGUUCUCGACUACAGAGAGCAGGCUCAGCAGAUUGAGCUGAAGACGGGGGGCAUGACCGCCUCUGCCCACGUGCUGCCUGAUGACUCCCACCUGGACACCUACGAGCAGGGAGUGCUUUUUUCAUCCUUCUGCCUCGAUAGAAACCUGCCAGACAUGAUGCAUCUGUGGAGUGAGAUAUUUAACAACCCGUGCUUUGAAGAAGAAGAACACUUCAGAGUGUUGGUGAAGAUGGCCGCUCAAGAGCUAUCCAAUGGCAUCCCGGACUCGGGCCAUCUCUACGCGUCCGUCAGAGCCAGCAGGACCCUGACGCCCGCGGGGGACCUCCAGGAGACCUUCAGUGGGAUGGAUCAGGUGCGGCUGAUGAAAAGGAUUGCGGAAAUGACGGACGUCAGACCGGUCCUGAGAAAGCUCCCUCGCAUCAGGAAACACCUGCUGACCUGUGACAACAUGAGAUGUUCAGUGAAUGCUACUCCUCAGCAGAUGUCUCAGGCAGAAAAAGCGGUAGAAAACUUCAUCGGCAGCCUUAGUCGAAGUAAAAAGGAACGGAAACCUGUGCGCCCGCACGUGGUGGAGAAGCCUGUGCCUAGUGGACUGGGUGGAAGCACACACGCUAGUGGCUGCCAGGUCACGAGGAAGCUGAUCACGGACCCCACCUUCAGUCCUUGCCAGAUGAAGACGCAUUUCCUGCUUCCCUUCCCCGUGAACUACGUGGGUGAAUGUGUUAGGACCGCGCCUUACACAGACCCGGACCAUGCCAGUCUCAAGAUCCUGGCGUGUUUGAUGACAGCUAAGUUCUUGCACACAGAAAUUCGAGAGAAAGGUGGUGCGUACGGUGGCGGAGCUAAGCUGAGCCGUAGUGGUGUCUUCACGCUCUACUCAUACCGGGAUCCACACUCAACAGAAACGCUCCAGUCUUUUGCGAAGGCCGUGGACUGGGCUAAGUCGGGGAGAUUCACACAGCAGGACAUUGACGAAGCAAAGCUCUCCGUUUUCUCCGCCGUAGAUGCUCCUGUGGCUCCUUCAGACAAAGGGCUGGAGCAUUUCCUGUACGGCCUCUCGGAUGAGGUGAAGCAGGCGCACAGGGAGCAGCUCUUUGCGGUCCACCAAGAGGGUCUCAUCAAUGUGAGCAACAAGUACCUGGGCCUCGGGAAGAGCACACACGGCUUGGCUCUGCUUGGACCAGAGAACGCGAAGAUCGCUAAGGACCCCUCGUGGAUCAUAAGAUAACGAGGGAUUCUGCCUGUCCUCGGGGUUCGGCGGAAC